GGUCUGUCUCUCCUCUGGCCCCUCCGCGCUGCGGGCUCGGCCGGCGGCGGCUCGCCCGCGGCCCUGGCCGCCGCGGGGCUGCUGGCCGCGAACGGCUGCUUCGUGGCGUCGGCGGUGGCCCUGCACCGGCUGACGCGGCGCACGCUCGGGGAGCGGCUGGCGCGCCGCACGGCCCUGGUGUACUGCGCGACGCCCGCGUCCGUGUUCCACAGCUGCGUCUACACCGAGAGCCCCUUCUUCGAGGCCGCGGGUUAUGCCGAGAUGCCCACAGCGCGGGCUGCCAAGCUUGCAACAACAUUUUUUUCUCUGGUCCAGGGUGUCAUCUUCGGAUCGCCUUGCGGAGCCAACGAUUUAUCCAGAUUCCACUGCUUCGAGUUGGCCCUUGAGAAACGGCGAAGCUUGUUUUUACGAGUUUUCUGA